GCACCACCAAGCAAGUUGUUAAUUCUCGCCGUUGAUUGCCAUUGAUCCUCUGCUUGUCCAUCACUUCGACCGCAGCCAGAACCCAUCAGGCUUUCAUUUCAUCGGGCAAAAUUGACACCACCAGAGACCCUGGUCAACAUCUACGAUGGUUGGAAAAGUGUCGGAGAGGGUUCUCCUUCGAGAAGGCCUCGAACGAACCGACAAUGGCAUGAAACUUACCAGCUGGCCAGAUGUUGCGCCCAUCAACCAGAAGAAUUACUAUACGGAUUAUAUGAAGCGUGAUGACCAGGUUCUUGCACUGAGACUAGAGACUGAUGCGACCCGCGAUAAGCUUGUGCAGAACGCGCGUGAUAAGGACCGCAUGCUCUCCAAGCCAGCUAAUGGCGAGCUUCCGCUACCCAUCCCCGACAUGGUCGAUGAGGACGGUGCCGCCACGCCUGCUGGUGCGAUUGACCCGUCUCGUAUCAUUGUUAUUCACCCCGGUAGCCAGAAUCUUCGAAUCGGCUUCGCGAGCGAUGCCCUACCUAAGACUGUUCCCACGACGUUGGCGACCGAGUACGCGCAAACCGAGUCCGAAAUCCACGAGGCACUUCCACGACGCCAGUUCGAAGCUAAAAACAACGAUCAGGUGUACGGCGAGGAGUGGUCUAAAAAGUACCAGAAGAUGUGCGCGGACCUCAAGAUCGAAAUGCGCGCCAACAAACGCAAAGUUCUGCCCAACUCAAAAGAACUAGUCCAGACAUUUAACCGCCGCACCGAGCCGGAAAUCAUCCCCAAGCACAAUGAUCCUCUCGAGAUUGACUGGACCGAUGUUUCCGAUCUGAAAAAUAGCAAGUCGGCUGCGCCGUGCUUUAUAGGCAACGAGGCGUUGCGCAUCCCCGAUGACUCUAAUCCCAAAGUGAAACUCUGGUGGCCUAUUCGCAACGGCUGCUGGAACGAGGACGAGUACGAAAGUCAAGAGCAUCUUUAUGAUGAUUUUGAGAGGCUGUUGGAAAACGCUCUUAAGAAGGAACUUGGUCUUAAUACUAGCAGCGAGUGGCAACAGUACAGCGUCGUCUUUGUCAUACCCGAUCUCUACGAUAAGCGCUACGUCGAACAGGUUCUCAUGUCGUGCAUGAAUAGCUUCGAAUUCAGCCGUGUCAGCUUUGUCCAAGAGGGCAUGGCAGCAACAUUUGGUGCUGGAUAUACACAAGCAUGCGUUGUCGACGUCGGAGCCCAAAAGACGGCUGUCACUUGCGUGGAAGAUGGCCUGUGCAUUGAAGAUUCGCGUAUCAACCUCAAAUACGGUGGCUUGGAUAUUACCGACACGUUUAUCAAGAUGAUGCUCUACGACAACUUCCCAUACCAAGAGAUGAAUAUGCAAAAACGAUCCGACUUUUUGCUUGCCGAAGAGUUGAAGAUUAAACACUGCACAAUGUCACAGGCCGAAAUCUCUGUCCAGCUCGGCGAUUUCCAUGUUCGCGCACCAGACGAAGCAACCAAGAAAUACCAGUUCAAGACAUAUGACGAAGUUAUUCUAGCACCUAUGGGAGUCUUUGAUCCUGCCAUCUUUGACAACACUACCAAGCUCCGUGGGCGCCGCAAGUUGGUUGAGCGAUCAUACAACUCGUACGACGUCGAUAUUCCUGAUGACCCUGCUUCUGCUGCGCAGCUGGCAAUUCUAGCACUAGUCGAGCCCGCGCUGCUUAACAUUACCAACGGCUCGCAGCUGGACACACAGACGACAGGCAAGGACAAAACGGCGGGUAUGAGCUUUAAGAGUGACUUGGGCGGCCACGGAACACCAGCGGAUUCUCACGCUGGGUCACCCGCCCCUGAGGCCCCUGGUACUCCUGCGCCCUUCAUCUUUGGCGCCGGAAAAGACUCUAUGCAUGCUGAUAGCCCUGGUCCUAACGGAUCUCGCGCAGCGGGCACCCCCGUCCCUGGACAGUCUGCACCAUCAGGCAUCUUUGUCGAAGAGCGAAGUGCAGAGUCUAUUGCCGAUGAAAGGGAGGCAGUCCUACCCGUGGCACCCCUUGAUGUUGCCAUUCUUACCAGUAUUGAACAUGCUACCAAGGGUGAUGACAAGAAGAUGCGAGACUUGCUGGGAAGUAUCAUGGUGAUUGGUGGCGGCGCCAAAGUCGCCCACUUCACGGUCGUCUUGGAAGAGAAGCUCAAGGCACGCCGUCCGGAUCUUAUUGAUCGCAUUCUUGUAAGUAGAAGCGCAAAGGACAUGGACGAACAAGUUGUCGCCUGGAAGGGAGCUAGUGUUUUCGCCAAGCUCUCAGCAAACGACUCCUGGAUCACACCGUACGAAUAUGAGCGUCUCGGAGCCCGAACCCUCUAUCACAAGGUGCUGUGGGCUUGGUAGAUGCGUAGGAUCUGUAUGUGUGUACGGUGGUUUGCUGGCGGAUAUAAAGGAGUUUCUCGGAGUAUAUUACAUGUUUCUUUUAUAGCCUCUCUUUUCUUUUUAAAAAAUAACACAGAGAAGCCAGAUACGCGAAUGAAUAGACGACAGAUGCAUGAUGCAAGAGAUCUCCCACCCAAACUAGAGGUGAUAAUUAAAUACCGCAUAUAGGUAUACAGUGUGUAUCAGUUGCCAUAUGUAUAUUUAGUAAUAAAUUAAUUUACAC